AUGGCGUCUCCCCACUCCAGCAACUCCAACCCGUUCGCCGGACUCGUGCCCGACGCCACCGCCGUUCUCUCCACCUCCUCGUACUAUGCGUGGAAGACCUACUUCAACCUCGUCUUCCGCGAGUACCACCUCCUCGAGCACGUCGACGGGACCGUGGAUGGCGAUCUCAUGGUGGAUGAUCCGGACUGGGCGGCCAUUGAGGCCUCCCUCAUCUGGUGGUUCUACCUCACCGUCUCCCCGGACAUCUUCCACACGGUCGUCUCGGAGGAUGACGACGCGUGUGCCGUGUGGACCAAGAUCAACAACGUCUUCACCGAUAACAAGCUUCAACGUCUUGUGUUUUUGCAGCAGGAAUUUUUCGGGUGCCACCAAGAUGAUUCCUCCAUCGAUGACUACUGCAUGCGCCUCAAGUGCCUCGCCGAUGAGCUCCGCGACAUCGGCGCCAAGGUGUCGGACGAGCUCAUGCUUAGCACCCUCACCGCCGGCCUCAAUGAGGAUUUCGGCAACGUGGCCUCGAACCUCUCCCUGCUGCCGAACCCGACCUUCCAGUCCGUCGCCGCGUAUUUACGCUUGGAGGAACGCCGGAUGAAGAAGGUCAAGGCCCGCGUCCACCACACCGCCCUCGCCACCGGGACAUCUCGUGGGCAGCCGCAGCCCGCACCGCCCCAACCGCGUCCGCCGGCACCACCGGGGUACUACCCCCUCCCACCCGCUCCGCCCGCACCUCCCGCUCCUCAGCAACAGCAGCAGGGCGGGGGCGGCGGUCGCCGCAACAGGCGUCGUGGGGGCGGGGGCGGCGGUCGCCCCCAACAGCAGCAGCAUUAG